AUGGCCGACGAUAAAAAACGCGAUGCCACCAUCGAAAUGGGCGAGAAGAUGCCCAACGGUAACGGCAGCGCCCACUUCGACGCCCAACCCAAACCCCUCGAGCCACGACCCGCGAAGAACGUGUUAGCUGGUAGCGUCACGAACAACCCCGUCAUAGCCAUAACCGCAUACUGUGGGAGCAGCAUCCUCAUGACGGUGACGAACAAAUAUGUCCUGAGCGGCAACGGGUUCAAUAUGAAUUUCUUGCUGCUCGCCGUACAGUCCAUCGUCUGCAUCCUCGCCAUCCAAACCGCCAAAUCCGCCUCCCUCAUCUCCUUCCGCGACUUCCACCGCGACGAAGCCCGGAAAUGGUUCCCCAUCUCCCUCCUCCUCAUCGGCAUGAUCUACACCUCCACCAAAGCCCUCCAAUACCUGAGCAUACCCGUCUACACCAUCUUCAAGAACCUCACCAUCAUCCUCAUAGCCUACGGCGAAGUCCUCUGGUUCGGCGGCAGCGUGACGAGCAUGGCGCUGCUUUCGUUUGGUUUGAUGGUGGCGAGUUCCGUGAUUGCGGCGUGGGCGGAUAUCCAGCAUGCGCUUACGAGUUAUGGCGGGGAUGCGGUGAGCGGGGAGGCGGCGGAGAAGAUCUCCACGUUGAAUGCUGGGUAUUUGUGGAUGAUGUUCAAUUGUUUCUGCUCGGCGACGUUCCUGUUGGCGAUGCGGAAGAGGAUCAAGUUGACCAAUUUCUCCGACUACGACAAAACCCGAACCUGGAUCUUCUCCACCAUGGUCAUUUCCGGCCUCAGCUCCGUCUUCAUCUCCUACACCUCGGCCUGGUGCGUCCGCAUCACUUCCUCCACUACAUACUCCAUGGUCGGCGCGUUGAAUAAACUUCCCAUUGCGAUCUCCGGCUUGGUUUUCUUUGAUGCGCCCGUUACGAUUCCGAGUGUUAGUGCGAUCGGGGUCGGGUUUGUGAGUGGGUUGGUUUAUGCGGUGGCGAAGGUUAGGCAGAAGAAGGAUGCCGCUUCUAAGGGUGGGCCGGCGGGCGGGAGUGUGUUGCCGACUACGAGUGCGAGUGUGCAGAGUAUGCGGGAUUCGCUGAAGUCGUAG